CGUUACAUCUGUUUCUCUAAAUGUGUGGAUAAAGUGACAACUGUUAAGAUAAUCAACCUACAGUGUAUGAAUACCAAGGAAGUUAAAAAAUACCUUGUGUUCUAGGUUGGUUUCCUGCGUUGACAAGGGAAUUCGCCUAUUUUCUUUUAUAAUUCAAGUUUAUCUCAGUAAAAUGUUCGAAAUGAAUACGGCGGAACCGAUGCAAGUGGAUGUUCCACUUGAAGAUAAUGAGAAUAAUGAAACAGAGUGUUAUGUGGUUGAUAAUCCUACAUUAGACCUGGAGACAUAUGCUGCAUCUUACACAGGUUUUGCUAAGUUGUACAGGUUAAUGUUUGUAGCAGAUCACUGUCCAUCUUUAAGACUAGAAGCCCUCAAAAUGGCUAUAUCAUAUGUCAUGACUACCUAUAAUGUAAGUCUAUAUCAAACACUCCACAAGAAACUUGCUGAAGCUAUAGCAACUGCGGGACUUCCUGAUGUUGCUGUACAGAUGGGUUCACAAGAUAUUCCCGUACUUGAUUCAAUAUGGGUUGAAUCAAAAACUAAAAAAGCUGCUAUAAAGUUGGAAAAAUUAGAUACAGAUCUUAAAAAUUACAAAACAAAUUCUAUAAAAGAAAGCAUUAGAAGAGGACAUGAUGACUUAGGUGACCAUUACCUUGAUUGUGGUGAACUCACUAGUGCUCUAAAAUGUUAUUCGAGAGCAAGAGAUUACUGUACUAGUGGUAAACAUGUAAUAAUGAUGUGCCUCAAUGUAGUUAAGGUUUCAGUGUAUUUGCAAAACUGGGCACAUGUUUUAAACUAUGUUUCAAAAGCAGAAGGUACACCUGAUUUCAAUGAAGUACCUGGAAAAGACUCCAACCUAGCUAUUCUUACUCGCCUAAAAUGUGCAGCGGGCUUAGCAGAAUUAGCAACUAAAAAGUAUAAGUCUGCUGCAAAACAUUUCCUAGCAGCCAGCAUUGACCACUGUGAUUAUCCAGAACUACUUAGUAGUAACAAUGUCGCAGUUUAUGGAGGACUUUGUGCAUUGGCUACAUUCGAUCGAUCUGAGCUUCAAAAACAAGUAAUAGUUAGCAGUUCAUUUAAAUUAUUUUUAGAACUAGAGCCACAGCUACGAGACAUAAUUUUUAAAUUUUACGAAUCUAAAUAUGCUUCCUGCUUAAGGUUACUCGAUGAGAUACGUGACAAUCUACUUCUAGAUAUGUAUUUAGCACCUCACUUAAAUUCUUUAUAUAUGCAAAUUCGCAACAGGGCUUUAAUUCAAUACUUCAGUCCCUACCUGUCUGCCGACAUGCGAUUAAUGGCUGCUGCAUUUAAUCGCACAGUGAAUGCUCUUGAAGAUGAAUUAAUGCAACUAAUUCUUGAUGGACAAAUUCAAGCACGCAUUGAUUCUCACAACAAAAUACUUUACGCUAAAGAUGUGGACCAGAGGAGCACUACUUUUGAAAGAAGUCUUGCGAUGGGUAAAGAAUACCAACGACGAACUUCUAUGUUAAUUCUACGUGCUGCCAUGCUCAAAAAUCAAAUUCAUGUCAAGAAUAAUGGCCGAGAAACUGGUCCUCAAUGUGGUGAGGCUCCCGGGUCUAGUACCAGCCACACGCCGCGCACCUUUGACCCCGUGCCCUUGUGAUAAAUUACCUCACAUAAUAGUCAAGAUCUUAAACAAUUGGCAAUUUGAAUGUGUAUAUCAAACAAAAAUGCAAUUCCAUUUUAUAUGAGAAGCCUCCUAAUUUAAAAAAUACAUUUACUUUGUCAUGUGAAAUCUAUUCUUUUUCAUUUUAAGUAAACAAUAAGUACCGUUUAAUACCCAUUUUAGUUUUUAUAAUAAAAAAAGUCUGGUAGGUCUGUGUGGUUCAGUGAUGCCUUUGCAACUGCUGGUGUUUGUUUUAUGUACCUAUAAUGUUUUGUCAGCUAUCCUGGACUUUUGACUGCUGAUGCAAGCAUUAUUUGCCACCUUGUUUAUACAGAAUUAUUCUAUGUAACCACAAAUAUUAUGUCUACGUAAUUUUUAAUAAUAUUAAAAAAGUAAAAAUA